CCAGUGAUACUUGCUCGCGCUGGACUCCUUCUUUCCCCUUCCAUUCCUUGGCCUUUCUUUUCCUUUCCCUUCCUUUUCAUUCGUUUGUUCGUUUGGUUUUUUAUUACUUUUUUGUUGCCAGCCCUAAUACUGUUUUUUAAUUCAUCUCAUAAUAAUAACUUGUGCUAGCUCUACACUUCCAUAAUGGCAGAUACCACCAUCACCCCCGCUGCGACUGAGGUCGGCAAGGCCCAGCACUUCACUGACAGCCAGAGCCAGCUCAUUGCCAAGCUGCGCAAGCAGCUGCCCAGCAUUGUCCGCGAGGCCGAGGAAGCGUCUGAAUUACCCGUCAGCUCCUCAAUAUGGGGUGUCCCCCUUGUUCCGACACCCGAGGCUGCUGCGGACUCGCACGAUCUGCGCAUCGAUGUCAUUUUGAACAAGUUUAUCAAGGCCCGCAACAAUGACGUAGAACUUGCCGCCAAUAUGCUGAAGAGCACUUUGAUGUGGCGCGCCGAGUUCCGCGUUGACAGAAUCUUGGAGGAGGAGUUUCCUGAGGACGUUUUCGGCCAGGUUGGCUAUGUCUACGGUCAUGACGGCGAAGGCCGGCCAGUCACGUACAACACAUAUGGCAACUUGGACAAUGCUCUAGUGUUUGGCGACCUGAUCCGCUUCCUGAGAUGGCGGGUGCAGCUGCAUGAGCGUGGCAUGCGCAAGCUCGACUUUGUCGACGUUGCUGAUAUGGUCCAGGUACAUGACUACGACGGUGUGGGACUUUUCAGCUACGACAAGGAUGCCAAGGCGGCAUCAAGGGCAACAAUCCAGCUGAUGUCGGACAAUUAUCCAGAGACCCUGGCAGUCAAGAUCUUCGCUAAUGUUCCUGGCUGGGGUGAAACCAUUUUCAACAUUGUUUGUCUCUGGCUGUCAGAAGAUACUAAGCAAAAGUUUGUUGUGGUGAGCAAGGCCAACACUCCCAGGGUUCUUGCUGAGCGCAUUGGCCUUGAUAAUAUUCCCGCAAAAUUUGUUGCCGGCAAGUCCGAGUCACUGGUAGAUGAGGUCAACUCUGCUCCUGAGCCUCAGACUGCGCAUGAAAAUCCCGCUGAAAAUCAACCGGAGCCCACUGAUGCCAUCACUGAUGCUGAUAGUAAGCAGACGCACCAGCUGCCGCCUGGUGAUACAGAGCGCACUUCCUUAUCAGCCCCUUCACCACUCCCUUCUCCGCCGCAGCCUGCUGUCACGCCUGCUCCGGCUUCGCCGUCUUCAAGCCCCGAGGAUCUCAAAGACAUGACUGCUGGCAUGCGCAUUGAUGACAAGACUGAAAACCAGAAGCCCGAAGCCACAGCUGCACCAAUGCCAUAGGUCAUUGGUUCCCUGGGUGUUAAACUGCAGUCUAUUAUUGUUAUUUUAAUCCAAAUUUUAAGAUACUAUUGAGCGCUAUGAUCAUACUAAAAACUUAUACGUUCAUUUAAUUAAAUUGUUUCC